UAAUGUGGAGGGGAACAGAUGACAUGUCUUUGGCGCACAGUUGUCUGGAUCCGGCACUGAGAUCAACCUGUUUUAAACAAAUAGUCAUCGAACAAUUUCUAUAUAGCAAAGAUGAAGGCGAUUACAUGGAAUUCAGUUUCUAUUAACAAUAGCCAGACACGCUGGCUGCAGAUAUUUUGAAGAGAAACUUCACUGAGGAAGUUAAACAUAAUAGUAUUACUAUAAUUAGUGUGUAUAGAUUUUUUGCAGAACCGUUGUAAUGGCAUGGACACUGGUGACUAAUAAUCCGGUUUCGACGAUUUUAAUAAAAAGCCCUCUGUGAUUCAUUAGAGGUAUUUUCAGUCUUAGACGAUGAAGUGCAAGUAGACUCAUUAUAGUACCAGCAAUUAUCCUGUCGCUUCUUUGUCAGUUGCCACUUUCCACUGCUGUACACUCGAACCUCAAGGUGGAUUAUACAAUAUACCUACUCAGGAAAUUCCCUUUCCACGCAAUUAUAUAGGUAAAAAUCCUACGUCAUCAUAGCGUCAAACAGAUACAACACACACACACACACGCACACACGCGUUCUCCGAGGCGGCGACGGCGGUUCGAAAAUGCAUGACUGUGCGCUGUGUGUGUAUAUCUAAUAAUAUUUCAUACACAUUCAAACGUUUAUAUAAAAUGUGUGGUCCGUCAGCGGCAUGCGGCCAGUAGCAGCCCGUGCUAGCAUAGCAGCUCAACAGCAUCACCAGCUGUCGUUAUUCCAAACGGAUACCUCGUCUCCCACGUGCACCGCAAUUUAAUGAAUUUACAAAAAAUAACAUAAGCAUUAUUCGCUGUUGUCGGUGCGAAGGCACAGUUAUAACGAUGCGAAUUUUUCGUGUAGUGAUCGGACUUUGACCGCGAGCCCUGGAAAAAGGCCGUCCCGCCUAUUAUGGGCAACGGGCACGCCGAAUCCAAUUUGUCGUUUUUCGUUGUGGUCGUCGUUCUCUUGUCGUCGGUCCAUUUAACCGCGUGCACCUCAAGCGUCGAGAGUCUCAAGGGACACCCACAGCAACGACGACCCGACAUCGUCGAGCUUCGACACAACAUCAUUACAGGAUUGAAAUUGGAGAAACUACCAGACAUGGCUAAGGCGGAUAUCAGUAAUGACGAAUUCCAUUGCAAAUAUUUGGAAUAUUUCCGACGAUUAUAUAUGGACGACGAAAACGACGAUGUAAUGACUGGUCUAAUAGCAGGUUAUGAUAAUGAUGUAUCAGCGAUACAAAUACAGGGCCAGGUGAAACCAGCCUUAGCUGGAGCUAAAAAAGAAAAAGUCGAUGAUGUUGUAAAUAUUACUUUUCCAGUCCAUUGGAAAUUGAGACAUUCCGAAGAUGCAGCAGUUAUCAAGGCAGUGGUGCGAAUAUAUGGCAAACAGGACGAACAUGACACGAUUCAGACGCCUAUUAAAAUACAAACGUCAAGUCGAUUGCGUAGAGUGUUUAACGGACCUGCAAAUACAGUUGCCCAUACAGUGUGGUUGUUGAGAGUUGGCGAAGACCGGUGGCAAGACGUGGAUGUGACAGAAUUGUUACGUGAACGACGAGAGAGAAAGAACAGCACUCUGGAAUUGUCCGUGCACAUAAACGGAUCCGUUAGCUUUGAUCACCGACAACCCAUUCUCCAUGUAUUCCUCAAUGGCGUCGACCCAGAUGAACUGGUGGGCGAGGACGCAUUAGAAACUAUUUGUGCAGGGAACCCUGAAAGAAGGAAAAAGCGAAAAAAACGAGACGGCGAUGAAGUAAAACGACCACUUCAGACAACGUUUCCAAGUGACGGUGGAGGUGGUGGUCGCCGUAGACGGACUGACUGUAAACCACCUAUGGUGGACGAUAAAUCUGCGGCGGGUAAUAGAAGUAGUAAUUUAACGGAACAUAACAAGUGUUGUCGCGAAGAAAUGCGGGUUGUGUUCGCGGAUAUACCGGGAUUCGAUUUUAUAAUCGAACCAAAGUGGUUCGAUGCGGGUCUGUGUCGUGGACGGUGUCCGGCCAAGUACAAUCCUGCUACGCGACAUGCUUUUAUUCAAAGUCUGUUGUGGAAACAGCACAACACUACCAAACGGCAACAACAGCAACAGCCUCAGCAGCAACAAAAUGAUCAGAGUCAAAAGUCAGGACGACACAAAAUGCGACACGGUGGAAAACGAGAUGGCGGAGAGAUACCUUCCCCGCCACCACCUCCCAAACCCUGUUGCGCACCUAGUAAACUCGACCGAUUACAGAUUAUCCAUGUGGACGAACUUAACCCAAGCGCCCUAAAGGUAACCACGUGGAAAGAAAUGGCUGUCGUUGAAUGCGCUUGUUCUUAAUGACCGCAAAAUACUGCAAAGCUACUUAGUUUACUAUACUAAAGCUUUCAGUUUUUGCAAACUUCCUAAAAUUUGUUGAUCCAUUUCAUUGGUCAACAGUCUAAUUUUUAAAUUAUUUUUAUGCCAAUAUGAAGCAUUUAUGGUACUGAAAUAUUGAAAUUUCCUAGGGUUCACUAUUAAUUGAAGGAAUCGGUGGAAUACAUGUUCAGAAGGGUAGAUAUAAUAUCAAUAUUUUUACUCAAACUAUUUAAUAAAAAAAAGGUUUAAUAAAAUGUUGUGACAGAGAAAUAGUUAUUUUGUCACCUAAUAGUUAAUGUGAUCAUGUAAUCCUUUGAUAUCAUCGAACUUUUAAGAUUUUUAAAGUUAAUUGUGUUCAAGUCCCAAAGUAUGAGAAACAUCUAUGAGUGUAUUCCUCCGUUUAAUUCGUUACAUUGUAUAUAAUUAUUAUUUUUUUAAUGAAUAAGUAGCACUUGAUGUGGAUGUAAACAAUGAUGUAAAGAUUUUUUUUUGUUUUUUAUAUAUUUAAAUUAAAUUAAUUGGCUAAGUGACUUUACCUACCAUCAGUUUUAAGCGAUAUUGUAACUGUGAUAUUUUUUUAUUUGUAAUACAGCGUAUAAAAUAUUA